UUUCCCUGUUUAAAAAUGUUCUAUUACUCCACAGUGUUCAUACAGAAAGUGCUGAAACGCCUCUAUCCUGAAACUUCAUCUUCUCCUGUGCAUGAUUCGAGUGGAAAAGAGGAGGCAGUUCUCAUAAAUCUGGGCUCAAAAUCCAAACAGAAUGAUUUGGAAAAUGUUCAGGCUUUGUCAGCAGACGCUAGUACAUCAAGUGGGACACUCAGCAAAUCAUCUCGAGGUAAUGACACUACAAUCUCGCCUCCAAGGAGAGUGUACACUGUGAGUCCUCCUCCUGAGGGUUACCUUGCAGCUAUUCCAGAUACUGAUAACACUACAGUUUCUGAAAACUCUGAGGGUAGUGCUGACUCUACAGAGGAGGAACAUGGAGUACAAACCAAGAGAAAACGCAUUCGAAGAAAGAAACUAAAGAACAGUUUACAAGAUUCUAAUGUUUUACAUGGAGAACAAGUAGAAUCUGGAAUGCAGGAGACUCUUGUUCAAGAUAAUUUACAGCUGCAGCAGAUAGACAGCUCCAAAAUCAGCAAAAACAAAAGGAGAAAAAUGAAAAAGAAGCGACAGAAAGAAAAAAUGAGAGCAGCUGGCUUGCUAACUAAAACUACCGGUGUGGAUUUUACAUAUCAGCCUGACAAAAGCAACAGAGAAGGAGCAGCAGCCUUAAAAGACACAGAUGAAAAGGCAGAUAGCAUUCUGGAUUUCUUGCAGGCAACACAGCAAAUUUAUUUUGCUGACAAUAAAUCAAAAUGCACAGAUUCUACUGUAAAUUCAGCUGCUCACGGGCUUUUACAGUGUCUUGAAUCUCGCAACAUGUCCUCUUCAGAUCUAACUCUUCUACAUCAGAUGAAAUCCCUUAUAUUGCUGCAGGAUAUUGACAGACUGAAGGAUGCUUUGAAACAAUUCCAAGAACAUUCCGUGAUGCCUCCUGAUCAUACCAAGUUCAUCAUUACUCUGUUUCACUACUGGAUUACAGAUAUACUUCCUACAAGGAACAGGAAAUAAAGCCUUGCUUAUGUCCAUAUGUGCAGGGUUAAAAUUUAAUAUACAAGCACUUAGUCAAGUAGCAAUUAUUCAGAAAGAGCAAUGCCAAUAUACAUUCUACAUCUUCAGGUAAAUGAAUUAUUUUUUAUUUUUACAAACUCCAAAAGCAGGGUACAGCUAGGUAUGAUCUGUGUUAUUGAUCAAGACUAUACAUAAGCUAUGUGGCCUGAAUCUCCAUCUGGAUGAGUAUAUGUAUUUCAUUUUGGGAUAAGAGCCUUAUCUAAAACUGUUUCAAUUUGUAUCAAGUAUUUUGUUCAAGAAAUAUAGUAAUUUUUAUGUUUAUAAAUUGAUAGUUUCUUUCUGGAAGUACUUGAAAAACAGAAAUGUAUUUUUAUAUAUAAAUUUAAGGAAAAAUGUACCCGAGAACUGUAUUUUUUAUGAAUAAACUUAUAAAUUAUGGAAGUAGAUAAAUUUCUAUAUCUACAUCAUGUAGGUACUCUUUGGAAUUAUACAAGAGUUUUGACUGCAGUUUUAGAAUAACUGUUGCCCAUUGUGUUAGUUUGGUGGGCUUGCUGUCAGCACGGACGUGGAGACUGAUGUCACCCCAAGUCUGUCACCUGCUGAUGGUUCUUAACUCACUUGCUCUACUCUCUGCAGUGGAGGGUAUCUAGAAUUUGCAGCACUCACAGGGUGUCAAGAUUGAGAUUUACACAGAAAGAUAGUUAAAAAAGGAUUUAAUUAGAAAAUGGGAUUGACUGUGGUGAUCAGGCUGAGUCUAAGUUAGAUAAGUGAGUGGACUUGUGGCUGCUUACACAUGGCUGGUCCCCUUUGUUCUUCCUCCUUACUGUGUCCUGUGUUCCUCCCCAGUUUGCCCUUUUUCUGUCUUUCAGCCUUUCUCCUAAACAUUUCUUAAUAAAUUAUGCAUAGUCCCACUGGCCCCUUCAAGUAUCCAUAAUUCUGUUGAACUUGUUUCUUCCUUUUUAUUAGUUAUGAAGUCCAGAUUGGUGAUAUCCAAAGCUAUGCCUAUAGUUUCUUAAUGGACCAUCAAUUAGUGACUAGGGAGCUUUAGUCCUUGUUAUAAUCUCAGUUAUUACUUGCUGUGGGUUUUGUUCACUGCUUUCUCUGUUACUCGUGAUUCCCUUUGAAGUGAAAAGGUCCUUGAUCUGAUAAUGCGAAUGAAGCAAAUACUCUCACAUUCCACACACCCUUACAGAUUGGCCAUGUAACAUUAGCAACGACAUAUUAAUGUAUGGUCAUGGAUCUGUUGUUUUAUUAUUUUAACACAUGUAUGUCAAGAAAAGGGCUGCUACUGCCCAAGCCAGCUAGAAGAGAGAUUGAAGAGACUUCCUUGGUUCUUGCUUACAAUGGAGAAUACUGGAAGAACUUGUCAGUGCACACAAGCCCCUGCACAUACUGAUUUUAGAUGGGGCUGUGCUUCGUUUGCUUCCUAUGUAUUUAUGGCCUUUCUAGUAUUAAUGACACACAGUGCUAGGGGUUAAUGGUUAGUCAUGGACUGGAAGAUUCUUGAUAAUGAGGAAACACAUAUUAUUUUGAUCUUCUAGGUGGAAAAAUAUAUUAAUUAAAUUUGGCUAAUGGUCUCUUGACCACAGCUUCUGGGCUGAAGUAUUAUUUUGCUUUCCUAUUACUUACAUAACCUACAAAAGUAGCUUACAUCAGAUUGGGCCACUUUGUUAUGCUAAGACCAUAAUUUUAUUAUGGUCUCCAUUAUGACUAGGACCUUUUAAAGAAGUGAAAGAGUUUAAUAGUGGAAUGCCAUCCUUAAUAUAACACAAUUUUGGAAUUUUUCAUUAUUGUUUCUGUUUCUAUGCUUGGCCAUUUCUAAUACUAUUAAAAAAUUCUAUGAAUUAAGCUGAAUUUUAAAUAGCUGCAUACAGAGCAGCAGACCUGGGUAUCUUUGCUAAUCAGAAAUGUUUUGUACGGUCAAUAGUCCAAUCCCAGAAUGUGAAUAAAAUUUCUUAGCUCAGAAAUGUCCUUUCCUUGAAUCAGGCAAUAAUGAGGAAAAGAUUGUUUUCGGUCUCUCUUUUUUCUUUUUACUUCAGCUGCUUUAAGAGCCUUAUAUUUUGUGCAGACAUCAACUGGUCCUAAUAAAGCAAGUGUGGGAAAUGUUUCAGAGCAUAGCAAGUUAGAGGCAGUGAUAUCUGAUGUCUUUGUAAAUGACCUGAAAUAUGAGCUGAAUCUUAUAUGUAUCAAACCUAUCACUAUUACACUAAAAGAGAUUAGAAAGAGUGGAGGUUAAAGUAAAAUCUGAGAUGCGUGAAGGUUUGGAAAAUUGGACCAAAUUCAAGAAGAUAGAUUGUAGAUUGUCACUGUAGAUAAACAUGAUCACACAAGAGUGUACUUGUUUCUGAAACAAGCACACCAAACAAUGUCAUGAUAAACCAUAAGAUGCAGAAGGACUUUGGAGCAGUUUGUGAAAGUAUCCAGCAGAAAGAUAUAGUUUAAAAGUGAAAGAAACAUUACUUAUCCUAUAAUAAUACCAGUUAGGCAAUAUGCUAAAAAUUGCAGAGGAAUUUUGGUUCCAUGUUUACCACCUAUUUGCAGUCAAAGAUUUUUCACACACCACAGUUUUAAUGCCUGGUCACUUUUCUUUGUUUCUUCUCUAGAUGUGAUAUUGAUUCUCCCUAUACUUUUUAUUGCUUAAUUGAACAGGGUUAUUACCUAUUCAUCUGGAAUACGAAAACUGAAAAAAUUAAAUGAAUAUUCAUCAGUGA